UUUCCUGCACUUAUUAGGAACUCUCACUCUGAAAAGAUUUGGCAACAGGACAGUUUUUGUAGCUGACCUGGCAACCCGGCUGAAGUUCCUCAACUAGACAACUAGAGGGAAACGGGUGAACUGAACUCCUCCCCCUCCUGAGGAAUAAUGGUACGGUCCGGACUCCAUUCAAACAGUGCUCUGAGUGAGGGAGUGAGUGACGCGGACCGCGGGGUCACAACAUGGCUGCCGUUUUAUAUCUAACAAAACAAACCAGAGUGGGAGCGGAGCAGCAGCACGGCGCGCGGGUUAUGUAGGUGUGUUGUGCUGAAGGAGGAGAUGUGAUGGACGCUGCGGAGAGACAGAGAAAGCGGAUGACCAGGGCCUGUAAGCGCUCGGGAGAACACGGGGAACACGUCCCGGUCCUGCGCUCACUGAGCACCGGGAAUGUCCGAGCUCAUAACGACACCGCCGCCGGCGCCAUGGAGGAAGGAGAAAGAGGAGGAGGAGAAGAAGGAGAAGGAGACAACCCGCUGGAGCAGAAGGUGUCGGCGCCGCGGUACAGCCUGGUGCGGGAGGUCGGCCGCGGCAGCUACGGCGUGGUGUACGAGGCGGUGGCGCGGAGCUCCGGCACCGUGGUGGCCGUCAAGAAGCUGCGCUGCGACGCGCCCGAGAACGUGGAGCUGGCGCUGGCCGAGUUCUGGGCCCUGACCAGCCUGGAGAAGCGGCACGAGAACGUGGUGCAGCUGGAGGAGUGCGUGCUCCAGAGGAACGGCAUGGCGCAGAAGAUGAGUCACGGCAACAAGCGCUCCAGACAGUACCUGCGCCUGGUGGAGACCUCCCUCAAAGGUGAGCGUGUGCUGUCGAGUCCGGAGGAGCCGUGCUACCUGUGGUUCGUGAUGGAAUUCUGCGAAGGAGGCGAUCUGAACCGCUUCGUCCUGUCCCGGCAGCCCGACCCGCACACCAACGCCAGCUUCAUGCAGCAGCUGAGCAGCGCCGUAGCGUUCCUGCACCAGAAUAACAUCGUGCACCGAGACCUGAAGCCAGACAACAUCCUGAUCUCGGAGCGUUCCGGAGCGCCGGUGCUCAAGGUGGCCGACUUCGGGCUGAGUAAAGUGUGCGCAGGACUCGCGUCCGGACCCGGACGCUGCGCCGACGCCGAGAACAAAAACAAACCCGGAGUCAACGUGAACAAGUUCUGGCUGUCGUCGGCGUGCGGGUCGGACUUCUACAUGGCGCCCGAGGUGUGGGAAGGGCACUACACGGCCAAGGCAGACAUCUUCGCCCUCGGCAUCAUCAUCUGGGCCAUGAUCGAGCGGAUCACCUUCAUCGACGGCGAGUCGAAGCGCGAGCAGCUCGGGACGUAUGUACGCCAGGGCACAGACAUUGUACCUGUAGGCGAGGCGCUGCUCGAGAACCCGAAGAUGGUUCUGAGCAUCCCGCAGCGGCGGCGCUCGCACAUGUCCUCCGGCCUCCGCAGACUCCUGCAGGACAUGCUCGCCGUCAACCCGCAGGACCGACCCGAUGCUCAGGAGCUCCACGGCAGGAUCAAUCGCGUCAUCUGUGCUGGAUGAUCUCUCACAUCUCUCUCUCUCUCACACACACUCUCUCACACACACACACACACACAAAGGCUGCUCUUCUUCAGGACCCCACAUUUCUGCGCGUCACCGGGACGUCUACGCUUCAGAUUAGUGUGACGGUUCCUGCACUGUCCCUUGCUCCGGGUUUUGUUUGUUUACUCCGUGCUCUGUAGUGCGUUUAUGCUUGAAUGCUUUAUUUCCUGCAGUUUGUGUGCCUUGAAUUCCAGAUCAUUUGUACAUCAUCAUUUCCGUACACGGUUCCACAAAGCCGAACGUUCAGCAUCUUCACUUCUAAGCAGAAAACACUGAUUUAAUCUCGUAACAAAGUGCUCGGUUCUGGAGUAAAAAUGGACGCCUCAGUGUUUCCAUGGUUACGUCACUUACCAUGCCUCUUCAGUGUCUUUAAACGUCUUUUAAUAAGACUUUUGUUUAAAUGUUUCCUACAUUACCCACAAUGCUGUGCUGAUGGUGAUGAUUUAGCCCUCGCUUCACCUGUACUUAAAGAGGGCGAUGCAGCGGCGCUUUAGUGCGUUGGCGUUCUCAUCUCCUCGUCUGUACGUUCGGUUCAAACUCCGACUUUCACGCUAACAACGCCGUCUCGUAGCUCGUUAACUAGCCGAGUGUCUCUCGUAACACGGCGCGGCGUAGCCGCGUUGCAUUCUGGGACUCUGAGUCACCGUCUCUACACCGGAGCUCUGAUUUAUAUUUCGUCGGAACAGACGAGCGAGAGGAAGUUUUGUUUUUAGGGCGGAGUCUAACGUUAAUUAAACCGCUGAAAGGUGAAAAUGGCCUCCGUCUCGCCACAGCACACCCCAAUGUUUUCUUUCUUUCUUUCUCGGAACGUUUGAACAUUUCUCACUUUUUUUAUUUGACUUCUGAAAAUGAUUUUUCUUUUCUUUUUUCAAAAAAAAUAAUAAAUCUCUCAACUCUGCAGAUCAAACACAAGCUUUUUGUAUUAAAGUUGUGUUAAAGCUUUAACUCGACACCUUUAAACCGUGUUAAUCCAAACGCUGUGUGUGUGUGUGUGUGUGUGUGUGUGUGCACGCUUCUACCUCGCCGUUCUUGCAUAUUUACAAAUCAAAAAUUUUACACACGUUUAAAAUCAACUCUAUCUUUUUUCUUCCUUCCUCUCUCGGCGUGUCGGCGUGUGCCGGUGUGUGCCGGCGUGUCGGCGUGUGUCGGUGUGUGCCGGCGUGUCGGCGUGUGUCGGUGUGUGCCGGCGUGUCGGCGUGUGUCGGCGUGUGCCGGUGUGUGUCGGCGUGUGCCGGUGUGUGUCGGCGUGUGUCGGUGUGCGUCGGCGUGUCGGUGUUCCUGCCUGCGAGGUGCUCGGAUGCUGCUGUUGAAACUUUGAUACCUCAGAGAGAUUUUUGUGGGGCUUUUUAAAGGCACCGAACCUGUUCGUUUUUCUUCUUCUUGCCGUUUUCUCUUUAAGUAUUUUAAACCCCGAAUAAACGAGUAAACGCGCGUGUGAAAGAGGGACGUGUGAACGUGCACCGCAGGUUUCUUUUGUGUAAUGUGUCUCUAAUCAGCAUGUUCUAUUUAUUUAUUUUUAUGUUCUGCAUCUUUUUCCUCUCACUGUUUUAAAUAAAGGAGGAGGAUCUCAUCUCCCUGUUUUUAGAGAAAGAGAGAA